CCAUCCAUAUCACCAAUUCAAAAAAAUUCCACCAGGGGCGACCCAAAGUGCCGACACCAAAAGGGUCCUUCUCUUUUUUUCUCUUUUCUUCUUUCCUCUUGCUUUUUCUAUUACCACCACCAAUAUCUAUACAGACAAAUCAUGGGUGAAUCGAGAACCGAGCUUCUUGCAUGGAUUAACGAUCUUUGCAAUUUGAAUUAUACCAAGAUUGAACACGCUGGCACUGGUGCCGCGUACUGCCAAAUUAUGGAUUCGAUUUUUGGCGAUGUCCAUAUGAACAAGGUCAAGUUUGACACCAAGCACGAGUAUGAAUAUGUUGGCAACUACAAGGUACUCCAACACACCUUCAACAAGCACAAAGUCGAUAAGGUGGUACCUGUAGACAAAUUGAUGAAGUGCAAGUUCCAGGACAAUCUAGAGUUCAUGCAAUGGAUCAAAAGAUACUGGGAUCAGAACUUCCCCGGUGGCGCCUACGAUCCAAUGGCGCGUCGUAAGGGCGGUCCACGAGGUCCUGGUGCAGCUUCUGCUAGCAGCGGCAUGCGUUCGACUGCUGGUGCACGUCGAACGGCUGGUGCAGGCUCAACUGUACGCAGUACGAGCCGCACUGCUACGGGUGGCCGUGUUUCAGCUGGCGGUGGAUCCGAUCAGUCGGCAUCAAUGAUUAUUGAGCUCAACAAACAGAUUUCAGAACUCAAAAUGACGGUGGAUGGUCUGGAAAAGGAGCGAGACUUUUACUUUGGCAAGUUGCGUGAUAUUGAAAUCUUAGUGCAGGAAGAGCUUGACGCCGCCGAGCAACAGCAGCCAGGCCAUGUUGAGCUGCCGAUCAUGAAGGAGAUCCAAGCGAUCUUGUAUAGCACAGAGGAGGGGUUUGAAGUUCCUCCAGAAGAUGAGAUACCAGGAGAUCAUAACGAUUAUGACGACGAGACCUUCUAAUACGAACAUAUAUACUCGCACACUAUUUUCUUUACCAAACCAAAGUAUACAUCAAUCAUCCCCCCACCAUUAUCCUCUCCAAAAGCAAAAAUUCAAAAGAAAUAAUUUGGGCUAACUAAUAGAUUACAAAUAGUCUUUUCUGUGAAAUUGCUAACUCGGGACA